CGACUGGAAAGUAGACAGUUUGCUAAGUAGCUAGAAAAAGCAGCCAUCCAAGUAGAAGUACUAUCAUUCAAAAUAAAUGGGUGAUUUGAGAAUGAGCACUGGUAUGGAUAAGCAAGCCAAAACUCGCUUCUAAUACACCUAUCAUCAAGUAUUGCAGAAUUCUCUAACUGCAAAAGGCUAUUUUCGUUGAUAUGAGUACUAGAGAAUACGUUGUUAUUCUACACAACUAUUCUUACUGCUUAUAAUAUAGAACUGUAUUUUUCUGUAAUUCGGUACCUUUGUUUUAAUAUCGACGGAUUCGCUGGUAAAUACCAUGGUUGAGGUCCUAUGUAAUCGGCGCUUCGUAUGAGUUUGGAAUGCUCAUUUUGUGUCUUUCAAAGAUUUUAUUUCGAAUUUUAAUAUUAUCAAGAAAACUGAAAUAUAUCCUCUUCAAAUUUCUAUUUAUUCCAUUUACAAAAUUAUGUUUGAAAUCGUACAACUUUUGAUCAUUUCACUUUGAUAAAAAAAUAAUUAAAAAAAGUAGCAUGUUUGAAUCAACAUUGAGUAUGGUUGCCGUUGACAUGGAUUUCAAUCAACUGGAAGCUUUCUUGACAUCUCAAAUUAAAAAGGCUGAUAGUGGAAUGAAUGAAGAACGAGCUAAUGCUGUCCGUAAGUUCUGGAAGAAUCAAAGGAACAAAAUUCAUGACGUUCAAGUUCAACAAACACAAUGGAACAGUUGUUUGAAGCAAAUGUCUUGGAGAAUUGAUUUAAAAUCUCAAGCAAGACACAUUGAACAAAUUGAUAAACCUACAGCCAUUGUAGAAUUAAUGGUUUCAAGUAAUUCACAGACCACAGAUGAUGAAAGUAAAAAGGCUAAAGUAUUUCAUUUUGAAAUGGAUGACAAGAAAUUAGACCAAGUUCUAAGCAAUCUACACGAGAUCAAAGAACAGAUUUCCAAUCACAGUCAGCAAUAAUUAUAUUUAAUUAAAAGAACUUAAUUUUGAUAAGACUUUGUUUAUAUUUGUUGUAAAAUAACCAAUCAUUUGUAUAUUUCCCUCAUUCAUUAGAAACAAUUUAUUCCAUCAUCCUUGAGUUUUGUUAUCUUUUCAAUUUGUUUUUUGUAACAUUUCUUUGUAUCUAUCAUCAUUAAAUAACAACCAAAAAACUAUUGACAGCUGAA